AUGUCCGAGUUCGCGGACGUCACCACGAACCUCCUCAAGCCCCUCGGCGCGCUCGACCUCCCUGUGGUGCUCUCGAACCUGUCUACCCUGAAGUACUUCCCUCGCUCCGCCUUCCAGCUCGUCGACACGAUCGCGGGCGAGGGCAAGGCGACCGGGAUACGCGGAGGUCUCGGCGCGCAGCUCAGACCCGAGACGAAGAACAAGCUGAAGAAGGUGCGUGAAGAGAUCGUGAAGCAAAUUAGGGAGGAGGCAAAGCGCGAGCAGAAGGAGGAGGAAGAGGAAAGGCACGCAGCGGCGAAGCGGAAGGCGGAGGAGGACUGUUUGAGCAAGUUGAGCCCAGUGCGAUAUGACAAGGCCGCUCCGGAUUCCCUCGAGCACCGAGACGUAUGUGCAUCGUGCAGGCUGUACCCGCCGUGCCAAGGGUAUGUUCAGUGGGUCAAUUAA